AUGUCGGGAGCAACCAGCGACCACCUGCACAGAUCAACUCUAUCUGUGUAUUUGAGCCUGAUGGAGCAGUUCAACCCAGGCCUUCAGCAGCUCGUGGCUCUAGGAAACAGCUACGUCAAGGCUUUCCAAGCCCUUGCUGUUUGCAGUGAGGCCUACUUUGGCGCUGUUACUAAGAUGGGUGAACAAGCACUUCACACACUUUCAUCUCGCUCUCUUGGGGAUGUGUUGAUCCAGAUAUCUGAGACCCAGAGGAGACUCACCGCAGAGAUGGAGGGAGUGUUUCGAUGGUUCCAGAUAGAGGUGUUGCAGGCCAUGGAGAAGAACGUCAAGUUGGACGAGGAAUACAUUGAUGGCAGCCGCAGAGUAUACGAGAUGGAGGUGAGGAACCAGGCAGAGGUCUUGGAGAAACAACUCAGACGGGGAGCCUACAGAGACUCACUGGAGAACAGUGAGUACAUGCAGUAUUUGCGUCAGAGCCAGCAGGAGAUCCUCAAGGAGGAGGAGAGGAGAUACCGUUUCCUGGCAGAGAAACACUGUGGACUCACUCAGUCGCUGCUCUUCCUCAUCAACAAGACAGGAAGUUCUCUCCAGCAAAGGGCAGACGGGUGGAAGGAGAAAGUAAACGAAACCAGAGGAUCCCGACCUCGAACACCCACCCAUCCGGAACAAGAGGCCCAGCUGCGAGGUUCUGUGAGCUCCCUUUUGCAGACAGUGGCCAGAGAUGAGGACAUGUCCUGGGCCAGGAGGGAACAGCAGGCCCUGGGCAGAGUGCCCUCCAGAGCGCCGUCUCCCCUCCCCAGCCGCUCUCGCUCCAGCUCAGUAGGGGAGUCUCUUGGCCUGGGAGGGGGGAGGACCAUGAGGGCCCUGGUGUCCCACCCAUCCUCCUCCAACCCCAAGCUGCUGCCCUUCACCAGGGGGGAGACCAUCACCGUACUGGUCCAGGAGCCACGCAACGGCUGGCUGUAUGGACGGACUGACAGCAGCCUGCGCCAGGGCUGGUUUCCUGCUGCUUAUGUGGCUUCCAUUGAGGAUUUCUCCAACGCUCUUGGGACAAGUGGUACCUCUCUAAGAAGCCACAGUAUGAACAACCUGCUGGACCCCACUGACACCUACAAUGACCGGUCGGAGAACAAAACCUACGGAGAUGUCCCGCCCCCGGCCACGCCCACCCGAAGGGCCUCUGUAGAUUUCCGGCCAGUCUCUCCUCUUCCAGAGAGAAGGCCAGAGCCGGUUCCUGAACUCCCUACUCCACCACCUCCCCCACCACCACCACCUCCUCCUCCUCCUCCUCCACCUCCUCAGAGCCUUCGGGGGGGAUCCACAGAUUUUCCACCAACCUCCCCCCUGCCUGAUAGGAAGGGGGAGUCCACCACCGAUGGCAAGACAUUAUCACCCCAUGGACCACCUGAAAACCCACUCUUUCCCAGAGGCACGAACCCGUUUGCCACCAUAAAACUGCGACCCACCACCACCAAUGACAGAUCCGCUCCCCGCAUUCACUGA